GCUUUCUUCAACGGUGUUCUAAAUCAACGUUAAUGCCACCUCGCCGCCGUCACUCGCCGCCGUGACCUCUAGGUCCAUCUCUCUCUCUCUCUGUCUCGGCAGGUCACCACCUCGCUUUAGCUAACUCAUCACCUCACCUCGACUCUGGCCGUGGCGGGAAGCAAAAUAUGGAUGGCAUGCCUUUUUCUCAGGCAUCCUUCAAUGUUUAUCAUGGUCUUCAGCAUCAGCAAGGAUUACCAUCAAAUUCAUUGCCAGCAGACUCGCCUAUUACACUUUUGAUUCGUCACCUUCCCGAAGCCAUUCCCCAAGAGACGCUCUCUAGACUUCUUUCACAUUACGGGGCUUCUACUGUUCGUCCUUGCACUUCAGAGAGAUUGAAGAAUUGUGCAUUUGUGGAUUUCAAAAGUGAAGCACUUGCUUAUCAAGCACAGUGCCAGUUGAAUGGGCUAAGGUUUCUUGGUAGAGUUUUGAAAGUGGAAAGAGCCAGUAAUGAUAGCAAGGAUAACAAGAUUCGAGGGAAAGGUGCUCCAUCUGCAAAUGAUAAAAUUGCACCUUCCACUGUGACAAAGGAGGCUGGAUUGCCUGGGGAUCAUAAUGAAAAUUCAAAUUGUGGUUUUGCUACUGCUAGUGAGCCCAUUGCUCCAAAACUUGGUGUAGAUUACCCCUUCCCUCCUCAUCUUGAGUAUGCCUAUCCCCCACCUGAUGGAAAUAUUCUUACCAAUAUUGUGAAUGCUCUUAUUGCCGUUCCUCGAUUUUACACUCAGGUAUUGCACUUGAUGAACAAAAUGAACAUUCCAGCACCAUUUCGUGUGGCAUUACCCACUCCACCCCUACCACCAUCAGCGGCUGUACCAGCUCCACCUCCUCCCCCUCCUACAUCUGCAAAGCCCUUGGCGGCAGACCUAUCCAGUGAAGAGUCCGAGCUUGAGUCCUCAGAAGAGGAGGUUGAUGACAAAGCCCAUUCUCUUGGAUCUUCAACAGUAAGAUCUGGUAAGAAGCGUGCUAGAAAAGAAGCUAUCGUUGGUCCUGCAAUAGAUAAAGAUGUGGCUCAUGAGUCUGUGGGUGUGAAACCUGCCACCUUGGUCCCAAAAGAAAUCCCAGUGAUUAAGAAGAAGAACACUGUUUUGCAGAUAAAAAUUACUCCAAAACCAAAAGUUUCAACGGUUGAUGAACAUAAAGAUGACAGCACAACAAACGAUAUAGAAGAGCCAGAUCAAGAGAAAUUGGAGAAGAAACAAUUUGCAACUCAAGAAGAACUGGAGAGGGGAAGGUUGCCUCCUGAAGAAAUACUCUCUCUUCCAAUGUUUAAGAACUAUACUCCUGGAAAUCCUGCACCGGUCUUGUACGUAAAGAAUUUGGCCAAAGAUGUUAUUAUGGAUGACUUUUACUUUAUAUUUGGUUCUUUGUUUGGAAGUGCGGAUGAUGCCAAAUCCACCCUGAAUGUGAAGCUAAUGCAGGAAGGAAGAAUGAGGGGCCAAGCUUUUGUGACGUUUCCAUCCAUCGAAGUUGCGCAACGUGCUUUGAAUCUAGUGAAUGGAUAUGUAUUCAAAGGCAAGCCGAUGAUUAUCCAGUUUGGCCGAAACCCUUCUGCAUCUAAAACUAAUUAGACGGGUCGCUGUCAUGCGAAGCAAGUUUUUGUAGUGACUGCCCGACAAAACGGGACUCUCCAAUGUCUUCAUCUGACGUCUAAGCAACUACGAUGGUGACCGAUACUUUGGCUGAUUACUUACAAGCUGGAUUUAUUGGGUGGGCAAGGAUCCGCUUUGACCCUAGGAAGAAGGAAUUCGACGGCACCUAUGAACACUAUGCCGUUGUUCAGUGCCUAGUCCCCUAAGCAUGUGCAGAACUUGAAACCACAAAAUGAGCUCACUGAGCAGGUAUGCGGAAGGCUGUCCGAGGUAGGAUCCAAAUGACCUCCAACUGUCUGGAAGUUCUGUUGCAUAUAAAGAACCGGCUUGCAGGUACAUCGAUUGUCCAAUGAGAUAUGCGUAUCCUGGACGUUAUAAUUGGUAAUUAGUAUGCCAAGGGAAAAUCUGUGGUUCCUAAUGUUGUUGGGUAGGAAUGGGUAGGGGAGCUGCAUAGCUUAGCUUGGGACCUCAACUUUGUAUGGACAUCACUUGUGGAGAGCUUCGCAAUUUCUUAGAUUAUCCAGUUAGCAGCUGAUGUUCUUGUUU